UCCCAGCCCACUGUGUGUCGCGUCGUCGGCAACAUCACCGACCUGAUCAUACAGGAACUCUUCCCAAAAGUGGUACAGUUUCCCGAUGCUACCGGGCGCCGCAGCGUAACGCACGCUUUUUACAAGAUCGGAAAGUUUCCGGGAGUGAGCGGCUGCAUCGACUGCACACACGUGAGGAUAAAGAGCCCCGGCGGCGACGACGCUGAAGUAUUCCGUAACCGGAAAGGGUACUUCUCUAUCAACGUGCAGGCCAUCACAGGACCCGAGCUCCAGUUCUUCGACGUCGUCGCAAGCUGGCCUGGCUCCGUCCAUGACAGUAGGAUUUUUGAUAACUGUCGAGCCAAGGUCCUCUACGAGGAAGCAGUGAUGACCGGGGUGCUCCUUGGGGACAUGGGCUAUGCCUGCACACCGUAUUUGAUGACCCCCUUUGCAGAUCCAGGCAAGGCAGGCAGCCCUCAUGACAGGUACAACAAGGCCCAUAUCAAAACUCGAAACAGCAUCGAGAGGGCAUUCGGGGUUUGGAAGCGGCGCUUUCCAUGCCUCGACAUGAGGCUUCAGCACAAGCCCGAGCGAUCUGCAGGCAUCAUCACGGCCUGCGCAGCUCUCCACAACCUGGGACGGCAACUGUUGGACCCUUGUCCGCCAGCCGUGCCCCUGCCCCCACUGCCAAAGCCCCGGCGCAGAAGGCCCUUGCCACCGUUGCCGCGGCUUCCAGCCGACACAGGAACGAACGUGAGAAACACAAUUAUUGCUAGGCACUUUACUUAAGUUCUUGCACCCUCUUUCGGUGUCCUCCAAGGAUCAAACCUAUGGCCACUUCUUUUUCUUGUAUUUAUCAAUGAUCGAAACUUGUGCGUAAACAAUGUGGAUGCUUUUAUAUGCGGAUGACAUCAAACUUUUUACGAAAAUUCAAUCACAAGAUGACUGUGUUUUUUUACAGGAUGAAAUAUUAUGCAUUUCUGAACGGUGUUCUGAAAAUUUUUUACUUGCUAACCCAGUUAAAACCAAUGUACUCACUGUGUGUAGAAAACGCAAAAACAUUUCUUACUCGUACAUACUUGGCAAUUGUACUAUUCGAUCGGUUGAACAAGUAUGUGACCUCGGCGUUUAUUUUCAUAGCAAUCUUUCCUUUUCAAGUCGUGUUAGUCAGAAUGUUGCUUCAGCUUUUCGAGCGAUGGGAAUAUCACGUGUGACGCGUAACUUUUCAAAUUCUUUAUGUGUCGUCCGCUUGUUUUGCUCCUUGUUGCUAGUUAGACCCGAGUUUUGUAGUGCUGUACGGAAUUCGCUGACUGCAGUUGAAGCAGAGCGAAUUGAAAGGGUUGAAAAACAAUUUGUUCCAAUUGUUGAUAGGUAUUUUGGAAGAUGUUAUUACGACUAUGAGUACAUUAUUAGAGAACUUUCUUUGCACAAUUUAUUAAAAAGACUGACUGCUUGUGAUGUUUUAUUUUUACAUAAAUUUGUUCACGGCCAUAUAGAUAGUGAAUUGGUGAUAUUGCUGGUAUAUCAUGUUCCAGCUCGUGCUAUUAGAGGAAUGAGUGUAUUUUAUCCCUCUGCGCAAUUGCAAUUGUCGCAAUUGGUGCAGAUGCAAAUUUGUGGUAAUGAAUUGUCGCCUCAUGUUGAUGUUUUUUAAGAUUUUUUAGUUUUUAAACGAGAGCUUGAUUUAUACCUUUUCGGCUAUGGACCCACACCAUAUUUUGUAACAGUGGCAGACAUCUUUAUGGAUUUUUCUUUUGUAUUAUAUUUUAUGUGCCACAUUAUAACCUAUUGGUUCUUCUGGGGCACAAAUCAAAUAAAGCAUUAUUAUUAUUAUUAACUUGGCCAGUGUGUUUGCAGUCAUGUGCCUCAAAGCUGCCAUCAGGCAACACAAGCAAUCAGGGAAAGAAAGCACCUUCAAAACUUCUUAUCUCAUGACGAAGGCUUUCAUCCUGGUUGAAGUAACUGGUAAACAGAGCAUAGAUAACACUCUUUUCCAAUGACCCAUGCCAUGGCAUAAAUUGUUAAUUAUGUAACACUCGUAGAUGCUCUUGUGGAAUCUCAUUUUUUGAAGAAAUAUGGAACGAAUAAAAGAUCUCAAAACAAAGGGCCUUUAACUGUUUAUUUUUUUAGCCAGGCAAUGUUGCACACAACGCUCCUAUUUGUGGCCUCUAUCUGUUUAAUUUCUUUGCCUCAGCAAUUCUGAGCAGGACGAGCCUAUUUUCGUUUCUAAUUUUCUUCAUUUUAAGCUUAUGCUCACUCCGCCUCAUUUCGUGCUCGGCUUUUAGGAUCUUAAGGCGGAGGUCGUGUUCUUCGUCCUUCCUUUCUUGGUCCCGCGUGAGAUGACCAAGCCGAACAUCUUGUUCAGCACCUAGCGUGCGCUCCAGCACUCCAAAGCGCCCUCCAACGCGAGUAGGCGCCUCCCGGUGGGGACUUCCCUGGCGAUCACUUGCUGCUGCAGAUGGUCCAGCUGCAGCUGUGAGCUGCACCGUAGCUGUGAGGGGCACUCGAGCCAUGGGGGCUGCUCCACCACUAGGCACCACACAAACUUGGCUCUCUGGCUCACCCAUAGCAGAAUCUGCACACAGUAUGAGAAACAAAGAAUACAUUCACAUCACAUUAAGAUCUCUAAUAUGUGAAGUCUGCUGACAAAAUA